UGUACGUCAGCUCUCGUUGAGGACGGAUUCUUAUCGACGGCAGUCGACAGUUGGGACAGUCGUUGAACGGAACCGUUUCAAAGUUGUGCGUCGUCCUUGUGGGGUGUUUUUCAAGAGCAGCGAACUUUUCUGAAUACCAAGUAGCAGUAUAGUUGUGCUGUUGCCAUUCCUUUUUGCCAAUCAAGCCGAACGUCACAAGUUGAUUUCUCAGAAGUGAACUAGUUUCGUAGCUAAUUGCGCGUUUAUUGCCAUUGAUCGCGGCCAAGCUGGUUCAAGCUCAUCGGUUCCUCGUGUCGCUCGUGACUCUAAAGUUGAAAAGUGAAAGUGUUUUGUUCUAUUGCUCGGGUAUUGUGUAAUUCUGCUUCCGCUACGAUGAACCAAAGUCGUUACGAGAUCUCGGAUGACGCCGACGUGCUGAACCAGGAGAUUGACGACACCAACUUCCCGCGGAGCAACUCCAGCCUCGGCAACGGUUCCGUCAGCAGUCUGAACGGAUUCGGCGGUGGGACUACGGCCUUUGCGGCCCGCCGACGAUCCAGCAGUCUGCGCAAGACCGAGUCGGAAUCGUUCGACGAUGAGUCCGGUCAGCAGCAGCCGCCGGAAGCCAACGGGACGGGGGAGACCAACGGAACAGCGACGGAUAAUACCGCUACGGCGGCAGGUCCCGGGGUGAACCGGGCUGAACCGGCUCCGCUGAGGACCACCAGCUUCUCAGGUGAGGUGUUUGACAACGGAUCCGUCCCGAACACUCCGCGCACGAUUCUUACACCAGGACACGAGAAAUGCACAUUCCACCACGACCUGGAGCUGGACCACAAGCCGUCGACCCGGGAGGACCUGCUGCCGCUGAUGUCCCGCUCGUACCGGAUGCUGCUGAGCAGCCUCGGCGAGGACCCCGAACGACAGGGUCUGCUGAAAACUCCGGAACGUGCCGCCAAAGCGAUGCUCUUCUUCACCAAAGGAUACGACCAAAGCUUGGAGGAGGCCCUCAACGGUGCCGUGUUCGACGAGGACCACGACGAGAUGGUGGUGGUGAAGGACAUCGAGAUGUUCUCCAUGUGCGAGCACCAUCUGGUUCCGUUCUACGGCAAGGUUUCGAUCGGCUAUCUGCCCUGCAAGAAGAUCCUGGGACUGAGCAAGCUGGCCAGAAUCGUCGAGAUCUUCUCCCGCCGGCUGCAGGUCCAGGAGCGUCUUACCAAACAGAUUGCCGUUGCCGUCACCCAGGCCGUUCAGCCCGCCGGAGUCGCCGUCAUAAUCGAGGGAGUCCACAUGUGCAUGGUCAUGCGGGGCGUCCAGAAGAUCAACAGCAAGACGGUCACCUCCACGAUGCUCGGCGUGUUCCGCGAUGAUCCCAAGACCCGGGAGGAGUUCCUUACGCUGUGCAACAAUAAGUAAACUUAUCCGAAGCUGAAAAAAAACAAAAUACGAAUGAGGCGAACGAUUUUAAAGGAAUUCAAGCUCUCUGUGUCAUCACACGGUGCGAGUAGCAAUCCAGCAUGUUUUAACUGUGUUGUAAGAAAAAUUAGGUACUUCCACGCCAAAAGUGGUUUUUAAAAUAUUGCUGUAAAUGUUAUACAAUGAAGUGGGAAAAAAACUACGUGUUUUACAAAUUUGGUCCAAUAUUCCAAGCAGAAAAAAACUAAAUGUUACUUUUAGAAUAGUUGUUGUUACUGUUGAACAGAGAGAGAGAAAAGAUAAUAAACAAACACUUAUCGAACGGAAAUGAUAGAAAUCCCAUGCACUUUAGGGGCCAAACAAAUCAUCCAAUACGUAUACAAAAUAAAAGAAAUCAAUGAUAUACUCUUAUAAAUAUACCAACAAGCCAACAACAAGUAACUAAACAAGGGACAUUUUUACAAGUUAACAGUGUGCAAUACAUAAGAUCAAUACGAGCUCUAUUGCUGUGGAAGUAGGUGACUUGCCAACUCGUCGUUAUGUUCCAGAAGUUGAAAAAUUGCUUUCGUUCACCAGAUGUUAUUAUCCAUCCAGCGACACAAAAUUUGUUUUUGAUUGUUAAAAAUUUCAAACUGUUAUGUUUUUCUUUGAGAAAUUGCUAAUUUUUCAUUGUCGCGUAGUAUCACAAACGUAACUUGCAACAAUUAUUUUAAGAGUAUUUUAGUUAAACAGUUAGCUUUUAAAUCUAUUCAUGUUAAAAGAAAAGCACAAUGUGAAACAAUAUUGAUCGAAAUAAAUGUAGUUGUACUAACUAAA